AUGUCUGGCAAAGUUGGCGGCAAAUCCAAGUCUGGCAAGGCGUCUGGUGCUGAGGGCUCCAGCAAGUCUCAGUCUCGCUCUGCGAAGGCUGGCCUCCAGUUCCCUGUCGGUCGUGUCCACCGUCUGUUGAAGCGAGGGAACUACGCGCAGCGUGUUGGUGCUGGUGCACCAGUCUACCUGGCUGCUGUUCUCGAAUAUCUUGCCGCUGAGAUCCUUGAGCUUGCUGGCAAUGCCGCUCGCGACAACAAGAAACAACGUAUCGUCCCACGUCAUCUCCAACUCGCUAUUCGGAAUGACGAGGAGCUUAACAAGCUUCUGGGCGAUGUCGUGAUCUCACAGGGUGGUGUUGUACCAUUCAUCAACCCUGAGCUUCUUCCUAGCAAAACACAAAAGGGCAAGAAGGAGUCUCAAGAGGUUUAG